CAGCUACAGCUGCAGCUACAGCUGCAGCUACAGCUGCAGCUACUGCAGCAGCUGCCGCAGCAGUUAUCGCAGCAGCCACAGCAGCAGCUACAGCAACAGCUACAGCAGCAGCUACAGCAGCAGCUACAGCAGCAGCUACAGCAGCAGCUACCGCAGCAGCUACAGCAGCAGCAGAUGCAGCAGCUACAGCAGCAGCAGAUGCAGGGUCAAGAGCCAGCAGCAGCAGCACCAGCAGCAGCAGCACCGCCAGAAGCAGCAACACCACCAGAAGCAGCAACACCGCCAGAAGCAGCAACACCGCCAGAAGCAGCAACACCGCCAGAAGCAGCAACAUCGCCAGAAGCAGCAACACCGCCAGAAGCAGCAGCGGCCGCCGGAAACAGCACCAGUAGGAGCAUCCGAGCGUGGUGCGCUGCAGCAAAUAACUGGAGCAAGACAAGAACAGCAGCAACUAGAGGAGCAGCAGCAGCAGCCGCAGAGUCGAGUGCAGCAGCAUCCGUUGGUGACGUCAGAGCACCAGCAGGACCGGCAGGGCCAGCAGCAGCAGCAGCCGCAGGAGCGACAGGAGCAACCGGCGGG